AUGUCGCUUUCUUCAUCACAAGAAGACAUCAAUCAUCAUAGUGACGAAUCGAAAUUGACUAAUGCGUCUAAUAUAAUACCUUCAGAUUUAAAACACAAAGUAAUGAAUGAUAUAUCAACUAUUACAGAUACCAACGAAAUAGUUACAUUGAACACUAUUUACUCGAUAUUAGAUGAUCUCAAAAUUAAUUAUCACUCGAAGGUCAAACAUAUUUCAGAAGAAUUAAAAAUUAACCAACGAACGGUCUUGGCUACCCUUCGUCUUACUACCUUCAAAAACUGUUUGUCUUUUCACCAAAAGGUAAGAGCCACUUUAAAUGGAACAAAUCCUAAAAACGUCUUCUUUGUUGAAGAACUUGGUACGCAGUUUUAUCACAAGAAACUUGUUGGGACGUUGACGGUGUUCAAUGAGAAUGUGAAAGUCUGUGGAAGGAGGAGUUGCCUUUCGAAUAUUUUUAUCAGCUGCAAUGGUAUAGGUGACAGUGUGCUUCCUUUGUUUGCCAUUUCAAACAUAAGAAAACCCAAGAAGGAUAUGAAGGACAAGGCGUUAUUUAUAGAGAGCCAUACUGGGGUGAUUACCAAAGAACAAUUGAAGAUGUGGUUAGAGGAUGUGUUGCUCCAAUUUAUCAAAUCCCAAAACAAAAACACUAAAAACACAGAGAAGUGUUAUGUGAUAAUGAAUGGGGCAUACAAAGAGAUAGCAGAAAUGGUGAAAAAGGUGUUUGAAAAGGAAAACAUUGAAUUUUUGUUUGAACAAGACGAAGGGUUUGAUGUGUUCAACCCAUUGAAUAAAUUUUCUGCGUUACUGAAGAACAAGUACCCCCUCGGCAAUAGAAAGUUGAAAACAAAUUUUGUGGAAAUACUGAAGAGGGUCGACGAGUCAAAGUCCGAUUUACUCAAGUGGUCUGAAGAGUACUUAGGCGAUGCGAAGUGGAAUGAAGAGGAGUAUUUUAAAGGAGUGAAAGAACUUUUGAGUAAGAGAGAAGUCAAACCAAGAGAAAAGAAAAGAGAAUUUAGUGAGAAUGAAGAAAAGGAGAGCAAAGUGGAGAGUGAGAAGCUAAAGAUGGAAGAGACUAAAAUAGAUGGAGAUGAAAGUGAAGAAGAUGUGAAAGAACCACAGAAAAUUAAGACUGAAAAUGUCUUAUCGACUGUCACAAAAACAACGAAUUUGUGUGAAGAAGUGUUACACUGUGAUAACGUGAAUUCUGUGACACAAAAUAUUACAGAGAUGACGCAGAACAAAGUCGCAUUUACACGAAAUACUUUGGAUUUUUACAUUGAAAGGUGUGGAGUAAACCGAAUCGAAUUAGAAGAGCAAAUCAUUGUGUUUUUAAAUACUGAAAAGUUUGUGACAACGAAUGUGGGAAGUGGUAGUAAAGUGUUUGACAAAGCAUAUAAAGACUCUGUAAAGGACCAACAGACAAGUCAAGAGUGGAUGACGUUCACACAACACCUUCCAGUAUGUACAAAGAAUGUGACACUUUGUAUCGACUUUGUUGGGAGCCAAAGUCUUAAAGAAGUUGUUGCAUUGAAUGGAACACAAAGUAAAGAAUUAAUGUCUAUUGAGAAAGAAACACUUGAAGAUUGGAUGAUCGUGUGUGUUGACCAGAGUGGGUGUUAUAGAAGAGUCUUAUGUUUCUGUGACAGUAACACCAGAGACCAACUCAAACUGAAAUUCCUCAAUGUCGACUUUGGUGAACAUUGCGAGUGGAAAAUGACACUGAGGGAUGUCCAAAAGUGGGUGAAAGGAACGUUAAAACAUGUAAUAGAUGACAUCAAUAACACGACACGUGGAAGUGUGACAAUUGUAUGUCACCCCUUUGUUGAGAAAUGUUUAGGUAUUGAGGAGAGUGAGAAACUACAAAUAGCAUGUAUUGGUAAUCCAUUGUUUGACAUUAUAUCUCCACUCACGGACAUUUUUGUUAACGCAUUAAAAGAAAUCGGAAACACACAAAAUUGCGGGCGUGAGGUGUCUACUUUUUGUUUCUUAACUGAAGUGUUUGGCACAUCGAAUGAAGACGUGCAACGGAUGUUCUCAUAUCUUCACAAUGAACAAACUGUAACAUCAAAAAUUGUGAAGUCACUCUCGUCGUACACAUUUGCACAGAGAAGUAAUGAAGUCACUUCAUUCAAUUUUGAGGGGAUGAGUGUCAUUGAAAAAGAAAUACUUGGUAGUAUAAUCUCAUCAAUACAAUUCCAAGAAUUGGGGUCGGAAAAGAUGCAAGUGAGUUACCUUUGUUCUGAAGUACCUACACUUCUUAAAAGCGUUUGGAGGGCAAAUUGGUUCAAAAGAGAUUUGCUCUAUUGGGACGGUGAAAACUAG